CGCGCCCCGCGCCCGGCCGCGGAGGAAGGCGAGCGCCGCUGGAGCCGGGGGCCGCCGAAGAUGGGGAACACUACCUCGUGCUGCGUGUCGUCCAGCCCCAAGCUCCGCAGGAAUGCCCACUCCCGGCUGGAGUCCUACCGGGCCGACACGGACCUGAGCCGCGAGGACACGGGCUGCAACCUGCAGCACAUCAGCGACCGGGAGAACAUCGACGAUUUGAACAUGGAAUUCAAUCCUUCAGACCAUCCUCGGGCCAGCACAAUAUUCCUCAGUAAAUCUCAGACAGACGUGAGAGAAAAACGCAAGAGUCUCUUCAUUAACCAUCAUCCUCCAGGACAAAUAGCAAGGAAAUACAGCUCCUGCUCCACUAUUUUCCUAGAUGAUAGCACAGUCAGUCAACCAAACCUCAAGUAUACAAUUAAAUGUGUAGCUCUCGCCAUAUAUUACCACAUUAAAAACAGGGACCCAGAUGGAAGGAUGCUCUUAGAUAUUUUUGAUGAAAACCUUCACCCUCUUUCGAAAUCCGAAGUGCCGCCAGAUUACGACAAACAUACCCCCGAGCAGAAGCAGAUUUACCGGUUUGUUCGGACGCUGUUCAGUGCUGCUCAGCUGACGGCUGAAUGUGCCAUUGUCACCCUGGUAUACCUUGAAAGACUUUUAACCUAUGCAGAGAUAGACAUCUGUCCAGCCAACUGGAAGCGAAUCGUUCUGGGGGCGAUCCUGCUGGCCUCCAAGGUGUGGGACGACCAGGCUGUGUGGAAUGUGGAUUACUGCCAGAUCCUGAAGGACAUCACGGUGGAGGACAUGAACGAGCUAGAGCGACAGUUUCUUGAAUUGCUCCAGUUCAACAUCAACGUUCCUUCCAGUGUUUAUGCCAAGUAUUAUUUUGAUCUUCGUUCUCUGGCAGAAGCAAACAACCUGAGCUUUCCCUUGGAGCCCCUGAGCAGGGAGAGGGCUCACAAGCUUGAGGCCAUCUCUCGCCUCUGCGAGGACAAGUACAAGGACCUGAGAAGACCCGCGAGGAAGCGGUCAGCAAGUGCUGACAAUCUGACUCUGCCGAGGUGGUCACCGGCCAUCAUCUCCUAACCGGCGUCCCCACAGGAGGCCGUACCAUCCCCCAGUUUCUCCUUCAGUUUGAGAAAAGACAGACUUGGGGUGGUUUUGUUUUUGUUUUUCCUUUCCUUUCCUUUUUAAAUGCAUAGCUCCGCCAGGCUGCCUGGGUGACCGCCUCUUGAGUGGCCCACACACAGCAAGGCUGCGGGGAAGAGAAUCGGUAUUCUGGAAGUCCUCGCCCACCUUCCCCACGUCGUGAACAGCACGUCUUCCUGGAGGAAGAAGACUCUCCUCCCGGAGGAGUAAACGAGGGGCGGGGGAGUCGUGUGGAGGUGGGGAAGGUGGCGACGCGGCCUGGCCAUUUCCUGGGUGCCUCGCCAUUGGCAGAGGGUACGCCGGAGACACAGCCGGGCUAACAGUGGGAUGUGCGUUAGAGACAAGCGCCACGUUUGUCCCUCCACUGGGAUCAGUGUGUAAGACUUCUUGCAUUCCUUCUUGCUGCUUUUUUGGGAUUUGGGGGAUUUUUGUUUUUAUUCUGUUUUGGUUUUGGUCCCACAGAGCAGAGAAUAUAGUUUGUACCCACCAUGGCGCAGACAUCCAAAUAAAUAGUGCUGGUUGUUCUCUCCGCACUCCUCCUGCGAGCUGUCUUCUGAGCUUUCUUCCUCACAGUGGGAUGCGCUUCCUACGUUUCUCUACACCCUUAUUUUAUACGGUUUUUCUUCAACAAUGGCAAAAUUAACUUGACUGUAGUGCUGAACCAAAAGUGUCCAUUUCCCUCCUAUUCCUCACCCCAAGAAAAUUCUAGAUCACAUGGGUGCUUGUGCCUUCCGAUCUUCUUGCAGUUGUUGUUUUUGCUCUGACCGGAAGUCGUAGUUACAAGUCAGUCAGACUUGGUGGCUGAAGGAACAGUGUGCGGCGAAGGGCGGCCUGCAGCCGGGCUCUCCAGACUGCUGGUGUCUGCCCGCGGACGUUGAUGAGGAGCCGUGUCUUUGUGCUCCCUGCCCCACUCACUGCUCCAGUUCCGCAUCCAUUGUUGCAAGCAAUAUUCUUCUCAAUUUUAUAUGUUUACUUUAAAUCAAAGUUGGUCUAUUUGUAUAAAAUUUUUUAAAAAUCUAAAAUAAAAAAAAACAAGGGGGGAGAUUCCAGUGGGAAGAUCAUGGAAGGGCAAAAUGUUACCAUUUACUGAGUUCACAGAAUGAUUGAAUAAAAAACUCAGCUUGCAUUUU